AUGGGCUGGCCCGGCCGGGCCCGGCCGCAGGGCGGACGCACUGCCCCUCCUGCCCUCCCCCUCCUCCAGGCAGCCCUCCUCCUCCUCCUUCUGCUGUUGCCAAGGGGCAGCGGCUACAAUUUGGACACUGGCAGCCCCCUCCUCUUCUCGGGCCCCAAGCACACCCUCUUCGGCUACUCCGUCCUGCUCCACCGACACGGGGAGGACCGCUGGCUGCUGGUGGGGGCUCCCACGGCCAACUGGCUCAGCAACACCUCGGUGGCCAACCCGGGGGCCGUGUACAGGUGCAAGAUUGGGGAGACGCCAGCCCAGACCCCCUGUGAGCAGCUCCAAGUGGGUAGCCCAGCUGGAGAAUCUUGUGGGAAGACUUGUUCAGGAGAGAGAGACAACCAGUGGUUAGGUGUUAGCCUGUCUAGACAACCAAGAGAAAAUGGAUCCAUUGUGGCUUGCGGGCACAGAUGGAAGAAUGUGUUUUUCGUUAAAAAUGAAAACAAGCUUCCGAACGGUGUUUGUUACGGGAUACCUUCAGAUCUGAGGACAGAACUUAGUCAAAGACUGUGCCCCUGCUAUAUCGAUCACGUGAAGAAAUUUGGAGAAAAUUAUGGAUCAUGCCAAGCUGGGAUUUCUACUUUUUACACAGAGGAUUUUAUUAUUAUGGGGGCCCCGGGAGCGUAUUAUUGGACUGGCACCAUCUUUGUCUACAAUACCACUGCCAAAUACUUCAUGGCAUAUUCCGACAUGUCUAACCAAGUCAAAUUUGGAAGUUAUCUAGGCUAUUCAGUUGGUGCUGGCCAUUUCCUGAGUCCCAGGAGUACAGAGAUAAUUGGAGGUGCUCCCCAGUAUGAACAGAUUGGCAAGGCGUACCUGUUCAGAAUUGAAGCGAAGCAGCUCACUAUAAUACAGGAGAUGAUGGGAAAAAAGCUCGGCUCCUACUUCGGAGCCUCCAUCUGUGCCGUGGAUCUCAACGCAGAUGGACUCUCAGACCUGCUUAUUGGAGCCCCAAUGCAGAGCACUGUCAGAGAGGAAGGAAGAGUCUUUGUUUACCUCAACUCAGGCUCGGAUGGAAACAUGAUUGAAAUGGAAACGGAGCUCAAGGGAAGUGAUACGUACGCAGCUAGAUUUGGAGAAACCAUCGCCAACCUAGGAGACAUCGAUAAUGAUGGUUUUGAAGACGUUGCUAUUGGAGCCCCACAAGAAGAUGAGUUACGUGGUGCUAUCUACAUUUAUAAUGGCAGGGACAACGGCAUAUCUCCUACCUUUUCUCAGAGAAUUGAAGGGCAUCGCAUUAACAGUGCUCUAGGCAUGUUCGGACAGUCAAUAUCAGGGGGCAUCGAUGCAGAUAACAAUGGAUACUCAGAUGUAGCAGUUGGUGCUUUUCUGUCUGAUUCGGCUGUGCUUCUGAGGACAAGACCCGUUCUGAUCGUUGAUGCGUCUUUGAAUCAUUCUGCCUCGGUGAAUCGAACCAUAUUUAACUGUGUCGAAAGCGGUCAGCCCUCCGUGUGUGUGGAUUUGAAUCUGUGCUUUGAAUAUAAAGGGCGCCGAGUCCCGGGAUAUAUCGUAUUGCUUUAUACUGUGACCCUGGACAUCAACAGAAAAGCAGAGACCCCAUCAAGAUUUUACUUUUCUUCUAAUGGAACCUCUGAGAUGACAUCAGGAAGCAUAAAGGUGACCAGUGGCAAGGCGAACUGCAGAACACAUCAAGCAUUUAUGCGGAAAGACGUAAGGGAUAUUCUCACUCCAAUUCACAUUGAGGCGACCUAUCACCUUGGCAAGCAUAUCGUCAGUAAAAGAAGCAGUGAAGGAUUCCCUCCACUUCAGCCCAUUCUUCAGCAGAGGAAAGAAAAGGACGUUAUAAAGAGCAAGAUUGUCUUCGCCAGGUUUUGCAGCCACGAGAAUUGUUCCGCCGACUUACAGGUUUAUGCAAAAGUGGGUUAUCCCAAACCAAACGAUAAGAAAACUUACCUCGUGGUGGGAAGUAUGAAGACGUUAAUGUUGAAUGUUUCACUGUAUAAUGCUGGAGAUGAUGCAUUUGGAACCACCCUGCACAUUAAACUCCCCAAAGGUCUUUACUUCAUAAAAGUUUUAGAACUGGAAGAGAAACUCAUCAACUGUGAAGUAACUGAAAACUCUGGUUUGAUAGCACUUGAAUGCACUGUUGGUCAUAUAUAUGUAGACCAUCUAUCCAAGCUGGAUUUCAGUUUUCUCUUGGAUACAAGCUCCCUUACCAGAGCAGAGGAAGACCUGAACAUCACCAUUAAUGCUACCUGUGAAAAUGAAGGGGAAAUGGACAUAUCAAAUAACAUGUUAACACUGGUUGUACCUCUGAAAUAUGAAUUUAUGUUAACUUCUCAUGGAUUUGUAUCACCAACUUCCUUUGUUUAUGGCUCAGGGGAAGGAAAUUCAGCAGCCACUUGUAUGAUGGAGAAGAUUAACUUCACCUUUCAUGUUAUCAAUGCUGGACCCAGUGUGGCUCCCAAUGUGACCUUGGAGAUAAGGAUACCUAAUUCUUUUGCCCCCCAUGCCAUCAAGCUUUUCAACAUUUUGGAUGUCCAGGCUACUCAAGGGAAAUGCACUUUCAAGAACUACGAAAGGGAAUGCACUUCGGCUCAAGAAAAGGGAAAUUUGGAAAUAUUUCAGGAUCUAAUCACCUUCUUUACAAAGAUGGAUAAGAGACUUUUGUACUGUAUGGAAGAUGACCCAUUCUGUAUAAAAUUUACCUGCAACUUUGGAAAAAUGGAAAGUGGAAAAGAGUCCAGUGUUCAUAUCCAGUUGGAAGGUCGUCCUUCAGUUUUAGAAAUGGAUGAGACAUCAGCCCUCAAGUUUUUAAUACGUGCAACAGCAGCACCGGAGCAAAAUCUCAGAGUUGUUGACCUAAACAAGGAGUUGGACAAAACUGAGAAUAUAGCACAUGUAAUCCUGGAAGGGUUGCAUCACCAGAAGCCCAAACCUUAUUUUACUGUAGCAAUCAUUUCAGUUAGCUUGGGUCUUGGACUUAGUUUACUUUUAUUUAUUUCUUAUGUUCUGUGGAAGGCUGGCUUCUUUAAAAGGCAAUACAAAGCAAUACAACAAGAUGAGGAUAGAAGACAAAGUUGGAGCUAUGUAGACAGCUGCAAAGAAAAUUAAAAAGGAGGAGUUAACCAACUCAGGUAUACUGAAAAGAGGGAGGAGACGGAAUUACAAGAAAGAAAGAUCGUGAAUUGUUCACCAAGCCAACGGAUCUCUCGUUUCAAAUGGCUAGAACACUAGUAAGCAGUUGACUUGUCAGCCCAAGUGUUUCUCUGAAGGUAAAAAUGAGCAACUGUGCUCUCCAUGACUCAGGAAGUGGAAUGUACAAGACCCACUUAAGUCAUCAAUUGCUUUCAAAGAAGAUGACCAGGAAGUCUAUUCAAAGUAUUCCAAUGAAUGUUUCUGACUUUCAGAGGUUUGUUUAGAAGAAGCUACUCUAGAAGAAUAAAGACCAUUUGUGUUUUAUGGAUUGACUGGCAAAAGUCUCCAUUUAAGAUGAAUAAAAAAAUAUUAUUUCGACUGGAUUGAGACUAAUGCAGACAGGCCUUAAAGAAUAUGGCUUGGCGAUGAAUUAUUUAGGACUGCAGAACUGAAAAGAUGUCUAAACCUUAAAAGUUUGAGGUAGACUUUCUUCUACAAACCCAGGACUGAAGUGGGAAGUAAAACUUUCAGGCAACUUUUCAAUUCUUUUGUAAAUUAGGAAAAUUAAGGAAACUUUUGCUAUUUUUAAAGUUCAGAGCCAGGGAAGGUUGCACUUUAACCACUAUCUAUAUAAGAAAUACACUGAUGUAUAUAAUAUGCAUGAAUUUUGAAAAAUCAGACCUCACAGUAGAUAUUGAAAAAAACAACCAAAAAGCAUUUAAAAGCUGGAUAAAAUACAACCAUUGUGAACAACUAUUUUUGAUACAGAUUGGAUGGGGUGGUAUAAAAUUACCUUGAAUGUGUACAAGAGUUACAAAAUGCACUAAUAUUUAUUUGAGUGGCAUUCUUUGCUAUUCGAAUGGUAGUGUUAUGUGGGUGCUUAUCUGGACUUUUAAAAAAAAUCCCAUUUCUGUAAGAGGAAAAAAAUUCAAUUUUAAAAUUUAACUGUAGCCUGAAAAUACAGAAGGAAAAUGAAUAGAACCCUGUUGCCAUAAAGUAUUUUAGAGCAGAAUUUUCUUUUAAUAACUAACGUACAGUGAUGCAGCUUUUUUAUACUUUUUCUAUCAGUUAUGGUGGUAUGCAUUUUGUUCAUAGGAUAUAGACUCAACUCUGUAUUAUUUAUUUCUUGCAGUCUCAUUAAACCAAAAAUUAGAUUUUUUAAACGUGCUCAAAUUUAACUCCCGGGGCUCCCAAGUGUUUGUACGUAGUCAUGUUGAGGCAUGGCUUCCUUCAAAAAUAGAGGGUUGGGGGAGGAUUUGGAAUCAUCGCCCCUAUGUUUUGGAUAUUCAGAUCCAAGGCAGAUAUUCAGGUCAACCUCCCUCACUCAGGAUAAAACACCUCUUUCCACCUGUGUGUGUGUGUGUGCUGAGAAUUUACAGCAAAGCAUGUAGACUUGUUGGAGAAUUGGUACCGUGAGCUCUACAUUACUAUCUAGUUGCCAUGUAUAGCCCUCUCAGAUGGUAUUUAAAUUUACCUUUCAUAAGGCAGCGGUUUUGGGGUUUUUUUUUUGCCCAAAUCUGGCCCAAUUACUCCCAGUUGCCCGAUGUUUAAUGCUAAGACUUCAAAAACGUCAAUAAAGUAAAAAAAAAAAAAAACCCUUCCUCACUAUUUUCAGGUCAGUAUCGGGUAAGUAGUACAAAACAUUUCUAACAGCCCUCUUUAGAAUAAAGUUUGAGGGUUUAUUUGGUGGUAGACUGUACUCAAGGCUUUGCUGAGGGUCAACAAUUAACAGGCUAAAAGUAUAUCUAGCUUCCAGAGACUUUCGCUUUUAAUGAGGACAUGACGGGGAUGAUAUAUUUGAUAUCUGAAAACUAAAGACCUGAUAAAGUACCCAAAUUGUUUAAUGUUUAUCCUUAAAGGGAGUGUUGUUAAUGCAAGGUGCUGUACUUGAACAAUGGCAAGAUUUCAGAGAUUUGAAAUCUUAAUUUACAAUCCCAAUAAAACACUUUUCAUAAAGUCAAA